AUGUCUACUGCUACUAUCACCACUGCCACCAAGCGAGCUCCUGUAUUUUUCAUCUCUCAUGGAGGUCCCAAUCUUUUGGAAAAUCAGGACAAACCAGGUCAUUUUUACAACUGGCUCGGUAAUUAUCUCAAGAAUGAAUUGAAGCCAAAGGCCAUUGUCAUUAUCAGUGCUCAUUGGCAAGGACAAGGAAAUAAUGGUGUAUUUGUGGAGACAUCUGAAAAGCCGAAGCUCAUCUACGAUUUCUUCAACUUUCCUCGUCGCUACUACGAAACGAAGUGGGAUCACAAGGGAUCUCCUGCUAUUGCUAAUCGUGUUGUCGACUUGUUGAACAAGUCGGGAAUCAAAGCAUCAGGCGAGAGGCACGGCAAUGAUCAUGGUGUUUGGGUACCAUUGAUGCGUGCUAUGAAGUCGAACCCUGAUAUUCCCGUCAUUGAAGUCUCCACUUUUGAACAUGAAGAUAUGGAAAUGCAUACAAACAUGGGCGAAGCGCUAGCACCACUGAGAGAUGAGAACAUUGUCAUCAUUGGUAGCGGUAGUGCUGUACACAACUUGAGUACACUCUGGAGCUAUGGAGAUAAGCCUUCACCUAAAUUUGUUCAUGAUUUCGACAAGGAUAUGGAAAACAUUGCUUGUCGCUUUACAGCUGAGGAACGUAACAACUUGGCUAAUCAGCUUGACAAACAUGCUAGCUUUAGAAAGUGUCAUCCAACUGCCGAGCAUCUCGUUCCCUUCCAUGUUGCAUUGGGUGCUGCAGGCUCAGAUAAGGGCAAGAAAUUAUUACAGGAUUAUUACUCGACCCUCAGCUGGGGCUCAUACGCAUUCGGAUUGCCAGAAAAUACCACACUACCCACAUAUGACGGAAGUCAAGCAAAAUUCUGA